AUGUAUCUAGGCAGGAUCUACGCCCUGAACGAUGUGUGUCAUAGCGCCUGUGUGGACCCCGGCACCGCAGACGAGCUGCACAUGGUGGAGGUGGAAGGACAGGACAUGGAGGGUCAGAAAAUCAAGGCAGUGCUGGUCUCCCUGAGGCCCUCCACCCUGCCAAGUGUGUGUCUCGGUGGUUUCACUAUCACCCCCCCGGCUACUUUCCGUCUGAAGGCAGGUUCCGGUCCAAUCCACAUCAGUGGACAACACCUCGUCAUGAUGGAGGCCGACCAGUCGUUUGAUGAAGACGAUGAGGAGGAGGAAGAGGAGGAGGAAGAAGAAGUUGUCACGGCGUCAAAGAAGCGACCCGCUUCCUCCCCUGCCGCCAAGUCUCAUAAAAAAAUGAAAAUUGAGAUGGAGGAUGAAGACGAGGAUGACGAGGAUGAUGAGGAUGAGAGCGAGGAAGAAGAGUCACCUGUUAAGGCCAAGGUGACACCGUCCAAACAACAGAACGGCAAGAGCUCAAAGCCAAGCACUCCUGCUAAAAAACAGGAUAAGACCCCCAAAGGUAAAGGGGAGAGGACGCCUAAAACCCCAACAACUCCCAAAACCACCCCAACCAUCCCUGAGCUGAAGAGCAAGAUGAUGGAGUCCGUGAAGAAGGGAGUCAAAUUACCCAAUGUCCAGGCCAAGUUUGAGAAUUUUGUGAAGAACGGUCUUAAUGUCGCCGACACCAAGAUCAUUUCCGACCUGUGGAAGUGGAGGCAGACGGUGAAGGAUACUAAAUAAGUCUCAGUAUUUUUAUCGUCUCUUUUUAUGUUUAUACCCAUCGCUCCCCUCAAACCUUCUGAAACCAAACUCAGUGCCUCACACUUGUCGUUACUUCUCUAUGUGGUCCAGCUGUAGAGUAAUGUGGAUGCUGACGGUAUAUUAUGAUGGUGCAUUGUCUUUACAUCACACACAAAUUUGCAUCUUUGUAAAUGUGUAAAUAAAAUCCUCGCGAGGUUGUUGGCACCUGAGUAUGGAGGAUACUUUCAUUAGGUUUUUUAUAUUUACAGUCGAGUCAUUUGGUCUAAUGCAGGAAAUACAAACGUGCAUCCAAUCAUAAACCGCAUACCAAUAACAACCAAGCUGCUCAAUACAAUUAUUAUUCAAAAGCCAAUCAAACUUCAGUAGAUGUCGGCCACCAUUGGUCAGAUUUGUUAAAGCUGUUAAUAUUUCUAGUAAAGCCCAACAUGAACAUGUAAAAGUAGCACCUUUUGAAAUGCUUUGAAUGUUAUGCUAAUGUGAGAUUACAACGCUCAAGAUCCCUUAACAAACUGUUAGCUUAACCUUUUAUCAGAAUUCAAAUGUUGUUGUUUUUAAUGAAUGUUUUACCGUCCAUAACAUCAAACAUUGCUAUUAAGCAGCAACCCGCGCUAAUGAAGCAUCGUAGAUGUAUCGCUAGUGGAGAUGAGUGUUUCUGUUCUUUGCUGCUGCGACUGCUAGGUUGAGAGCUCGCUCUGAGUGACUGAAUUGAAGUGAAGGAAUUUACUGGAUUCUUCUUUUAAAAUCAAGUUGAUUAAAACCCUCCAAACAAGGAUGAUUUUACUAAAUAUUCUAAGACUUAAUCACCUGUAUUCAAGUUUAAAAAGUCCCCGAAGUUCCGUACUCAUGUGGUCGGUUAAAGUAUUAUUAUAAAUGUUGAUGCAUGAGGCCUGUUAGCGUAGUGAGUCAUUCCAUGUUCUAAAGAAGCAAGUGUAUGUUUGUUAGAAUGAAAAUAUGCUGUGAGUUGGACUGAGUGUUGAUGGAUUGAAAAUAAUGUGUUUCCACUGUUCCAAUUCUCUGCCAUCAGAAUCCCUAUUUGAAGAUAAAUACAGGUUUAUGAUUUUCUUUGUGGCAAUGUUCUUCCUAAUAAAAUUUAAAGCAAAACAA